CAAAACGUAUUUUUUCUUCCACCAGUACCAGCAGGAAAACAUUAGGUGUCCCCUAUAUAUGAAAUACCUGGAUAAUUGUCAAGCCUAUGACAACAGUUGUCAUCAGAGAAACUCUUUCGUCAGUUUUGUACCCUUACAAUUUUUUUUUCAAAAUGGUUAAAAGAUCGGCCGAUCAGUCCAAAAACAAAACGAUAACGCCUCGUGGUUUUUUGAGCUCCACACCACGUUUCGCUCGUCUUGGUCUUCAUCCUUCCUUGGACACGUCUGGAACCUUGAGAAAAGUCAACAGUCGAGGAGGACCGGGACAGUACGACAUUGGUUUCGUACGAUGUCCAAUCAAAAAAACCGCCGAAUGCAAAUGGACACGCAUGGUGGAGCUGGAGGAAUUUUCAAAAUUCUUAGGCUACAGGAAUGCCCCCAUCCUGGAAGCUAGGGCGUUCCAGAGGAUACACAGAGGCCCAGGGACUUACAAUAUUCCUGACGACAUAGAUAAGCGAAAAUCAUGUUCUGUGGUCGAGAACAAAGGCUUCACGACCGAGCGGAAGUUCUGUAGCCACUUCAAGUACAACUUCCCUCCAAUGAACACAUACUUCCGAGACAUCUUUGCCAAGCACCCAUCGUCGAAGAAACCCUUCGGCAAGGUACAACGUUUCGAAUGGGAUGGCCUGGUGAAGCGCUUCAAGGACACUGAACCAUCCUUCAAAUUGCCGCCCAACGUAUACAACGUCCCUGAUCCCAAGAGCCUCGAGGCACUGAUGAAACGCGUGGUGUCAACCAAGGGUCCCUACAACCUCUUCACUGGGAAAAGAGACGGCACUUCCAUCAAGAACCAUUUCUCCCCACCAUACACCAUCGUACCAGACUGGUACCAUUUGGAACCUAGCGAUAUUGACGUUAUGUUGCACCAUCCGAUGAAGAGCAGAUAUGGAAAAUUUUUCCAAGAGGAACGUUUUCCUAAGAAGCCCACCUCGAGGAUGCAGAUAGCGAAUUUGACGAUGUGUUAUAAAGACCCCGAAGAGCCUGGACCUGGUCACUAUGAUCUGUCCAGAGAAUAUAGUUUCAAGCCUCAGGAAGAAGUUGUGCAUGCCUUCGGAUCCUCGAAUAUGAACCAAAGGCCUCCGACACCCUGGCCAAUUCAUCCCGGUCCUGGAAGAUACUUCAUCAAAACACCGUCAUGUCGAAAGAAGACCAAGCCAUCAUGGGUGUUUCUGAGCAAACUCGAAAGGGCUUUUUUCGACAAACCAGAAUCCUACGCGGAUUUUUGAUGGUUGAGAUUUUAUUCCGUUGAAAAUUCGAGCGUCUGCAUUCGAAGAAUCGAAUUUAUUUAUUCCAAUACAUUCUCACCUCAA